GGCUGCAGCAAGAGCAUCAGCCCAGACUGAGCACAAGUUCCUAACUACAAGCAUCCAAUUCAGUAUUUGCCUUCUCUCGGAAAAAAAUAUAUACAGAAGUAAAAAUGGUAACCAUCGUCCAGUUUUUGAACAUAAGUUACGAUAAUGAACUUUUCUGAGGACGCAUCGUAAAGGUUCAAGAAAGAGGGCGGAGGACAAUGGGAGCCGUUGGUGCCUCCCCCCAAGUGCUGCUGUGGCUCAGACUUUUCGGCUUCAUCUCUCUGGUGACCACCCUCAACCCAGAUGAUCCCAACGUGUGCAGCCACUGGGAGAGUUACGCAGUGACCGUCCAAGAGUCUUACGCUCAUCCAUUCGACCAGGUCUACUAUACUCGCUGCACUGACAUUCUCAACUGGUUCAAAUGCACAAGACACAGGAUCAGCUACAAGACAGCCUACAGAAGAGGUGUGAGAACCAUGUACAGGCGACGCUCUCAGUGCUGCCCCGGUUUCUUUGAAAGAGGAGACCUGUGUGUUCCUUUGUGUACUGAGGAGUGUGACCACGGUCGGUGUAUCUCUCCUGACACCUGCCAAUGUGAGCCUGGCUGGGGAGGGCUGGACUGCUCCAGCGCCUGUGAAAGUGACUUCUGGGGUCCCCACUGCUCUAAUCGCUGUCAGUGUCGGAACGGGGCCAAAUGUAACCCAAUCACAGGAGCCUGCGUCUGCACAGAUGGCUACCAGGGCUGGAGGUGCGAGGAGCCAUGUGAGCCCAACUUCUACGGCAAGGACUGCCUGCUUGAGUGCCAAUGCCUGAACGGUGCAAAAUGCCACCACGAAAGUGGCGAGUGCCUCUGUGCGUCCGGAUACACUGGGGCCUUUUGCAAGGAACCUUGUCCACCAGGGAAGCACGGCCCCCUGUGUGAGCAGCGGUGUCCCUGUCAAAAUGGCGGAACGUGCCAUCAUGUGACCGGGGCGUGUUCCUGUCCUGCUGGUUGGGUGGGUCCUGUGUGCGCGCAGCCGUGUGAGUUUGGCUCAUUCGGCAUCAACUGCUCCCUGGAGUGUACGUGUCGUAAUGGAGGCCUAUGUGAUCACAUCAGCGGCCAGUGCCAAUGCACUGCUGGCUACAUUGGAGAAAGGUGCCAGGAUGAAUGUCCAGUUGGCACUUAUGGGCCACAGUGUGCCCACAAAUGUGACUGCCAGAAUGGGGCUAAAUGCUAUCACAUCAACGGGGCCUGCCUUUGCAACGAGGGCUUUAAGGGUCCAAGCUGCCAGGACCGCUUUUGUCCAAAUGGAAUAUAUGGACUCCUCUGCGACAAGGACUGCCCCUGCAAAAUGGCAAACACACUCAGCUGUCACCCUUUGUCAGGAGAAUGCACAUGUGCAGCGGGAUGGACUGGACUGUUCUGCAACGAGACCUGUCCGGCUGCUUACUACGGUGAAGGCUGCAAAGAAAUGUGUGCCUGUGCCAAUGGAGCAGACUGUGACGGCAUUACUGGAAUGUGCAUGUGUGCUCCUGGAUAUAUCGGUGAGGACUGCUCUAUUACCUGUCCUGCAGGCCUGUAUGGAACCAACUGCACCUCGUCUUGUUUCUGUCACAAUGAGAUAUCAUGCUCACACGUCGAUGGCUCGUGCAUCUGCGGAAAAGGUUGGCAGGGAGUUGACUGCUCCAUCCCGUGCUCCAGCGGAAGCUGGGGUCUAACCUGCAACCAGACCUGUCAGUGUGCCAACGGCGCAGCCUGCGACCCUGUGAAUGGAACCUGCACCUGCUCUCCAGGCUGGAGGGACGAAUUCUGUGACUUACCAUGUCAUGAGGGAUCAUAUGGCCUGGACUGUAAAGAGAGAUGUGACUGUGCGAAUGCCGAUGGCUGUGAUCCAGUAACCGGCGCUUGUCGCUGUGUCGCAGGAUGGACAGGUGUCCAUUGUGACAGUGUGUGUAAUGAAGGACACUGGGGACCCAACUGUUCUUUCAUCUGCAACUGUGUGAAUGGAGGCUCGUGCUCCUCUGAGGAUGGCACAUGUGUGUGUGCUCCCGGUUACCGUGGCACCAACUGCAAACGAACAUGUUCACCUGGUUUCUAUGGCCAUCGCUGUAGCCAGUCAUGUCCUCAGUGCAUCCACAGUGAUGGGGCGUGUCACCACGUCACUGGCCACUGCGAAUGUUUGUCUGGUUUCUUUGGCACCCUCUGCAACCAGGUAUGUUCAAGUGGAAAAUAUGGUAAACACUGCGCCAAGAAGUGCCUGUGCACAAACAACGGCACUUGUAAUCCCAUCGAUGGCUCGUGUCAGUGCUACCCAGGAUGGAUUGGCGAGGACUGCUCCAAACCCUGUCCUCAUGGCUCGUGGGGUCCCGACUGCAUUCACACAUGUAACUGUCACAAUGAUGCCCAGUGUAGCCCCACAGAUGGAGUCUGUGACUGCAGCCCUGGAUGGACGGGACUCUUCUGUACUCAGCGCUGUCCAACAGGUUUCUAUGGCGCCCAGUGUGCUGAAGUUUGUCGCUGUCAGAACGGGGCCGACUGUGACCACAUCAGUGGGCAGUGUUCGUGCAGGACGGGCUUCAUUGGAGAGAGCUGUGAACUCAAGUGUCCUGCUGGGACGUUUGGAUACGGCUGCCAGCAGCUGUGUGAGUGUAUGAACAAUGCCACAUGCGACUACGUGACAGGAACCUGCUAUUGCAGCCUUAGAUUCAAAGGCAUCCGCUGCGACCAAGCGGCCCUGAUGAUGGAGGAGCUGAACCCCUACACCAAGAUCAGCCCCGCUCUUGCAUCAGAGCGUCAAUCAGCCGGCGCCAUCCUGGGCAUUAUCUUUCUGCUGCUGCUCAUCAUGGCCAUGUUGGCUCUGGUGGUGUGGUUGCGCUACCGACAGAGAGAGAAAGGCCCGCAUGUCCCCAAUGUCACCUACACACCCGCCCUGCACAUCAAUUCCACCGAAUACUCCCUUUCUGCAGGGCUUCAGCGCGUUGGCCUCCUCGCUUCCGCAGAGUCAUCACCUUGUAACAGCUCCAUAGGCCGCUGCUUUUCUAACCCCAGCUACCGCACGCUGGGCCCCUGCACCUACGCCGCCCACUACGCCAAACCGGACAAGACGCGCUCCACCAAGAUGAAGGCCAAACGACGACACAGGAACAGUGCUCCGGAGUGGGGAGCCUAUUGUAACCUCAGUGAGUUGGGUGUAUACUGCAUUGACCGACGUUACAGUUACCAAGUGGAGCCACAGUACAAAGACUACGUGAAAAGCUCCAUGUCCAGCACGUGCUCCCUCAACAGUGAAAACCCGUACGCCACCAUCAACGACCCACCCGCUUUGGCAUGCAAACACACGGAGAGCAGCUACGUGGAGAUGAAAUCACCAGCUCACCACCAACAUGUGGCACACUGCUGUGCGGCUACCAUCAUCACCACUUCUGGUACCAACGUGCCUGCCAAGAAUGUCUACAACAUUGAGCCCACCAUCAGUAUCAUCCCAGGAGCCGGAGGCGUGGUGGUGUCCAGUUACCCGCAAGAUCUCUAUGACCUGCCCAGGAACAGCCACAUCCCCAGUCACUAUGACCUACUGCCCGUGCGGCACAGCCCCACUCACAGCCACAGCCCCCCUCUGCCCGGCAGUCCCACUGGCUCGCUGCUCUAGAACACGCACACACAAACACACACACUGGAAACCCACUAUAUGCCUAUCCCUGCCUGCCCCUCUGUGAACUGGAUGAAAUCCAGUCUGAAAUACUUGGAAACUGUGAAGAGGCUGUUUGUUUUUGUAGUUUUCGGUAACUGGACGAAGAAAAUGUUAUUUAAUAUUUUAUCAUUGUAAAUAUAUUCAAUUUUAGGUGUUUAGUGCCAUGAAACUUCUGUGUUUUAACUGCUCCCCACCCCC